AUGACAUACGUCGCGGCACAGAAAGGUUGGGAUGGGGUAGGCUUGCUGGUUCUCAUCGCUGUAGCGUGGACGCUUGACUACGCACUUUAUAGAGACGACAGAUUGGCGGCAACUUGGCUUCGGCGGGAGGGUGUAAGCAUGAAAGCAUGGAAGUGUCAGUUUAGUGGCCGCACACCUAUGCUCGGUGCUAUCCAGCUUCUCAAGUCCAACACAGUUUCGAGUUGGAUGAACCAGAUUCUGGCCCCUUCAAAACGUCGCGAGGCUUGGUUGGAGAUGUUACAGUUGGGCAUGUUACAGUCGGACUGCCCUGAUUUCGAAACUUUGGAGUCAAAGCAUACAUUAACCGGAGAAAUCGACCAGAGUUGGGUGCGGAACAAUUGGUUGCUUACACACGCUGCAGUGAAAGCUAUUAGGGUCGCCACAGGCGAGGGCACUGCGUAA